ACAUAAGCAGUGCCUUUAUUUAAGGGCAUGCAAGACGGGUCAGAAAAUCAUGAACAGCAAGAACAUGCAUACGAUGUUAGAGUUUCUGGGCAUUGUGCUUCUUCUUGGACAGUCUUUUUGCAUGGUUCAAGGCGAUGUCCAUUUCUACGACUUUGUUCUUAGGGAGAAAAACUUCACGAGGCUGUGUAACACGAAGAGCAUGCUGGUUGUAAAUGACAGUUUUCCAGGGCCAGUAAUCCAGGUUCACAAAGGAGAUACGGUGUAUGUUAAUGUCCACAACCAAGGAUACUAUGGGGUCACUCUUCACUGGCAUGGUGUGAAACAACCAAGAAAUCCGUGGUCAGAUGGUCCAGAAUACAUCACACAGUGUCCCAUUCAACCUGGAUCGAACUUCACAUAUGAGGUAAUAUUUUCUGACGAGGAAGGAACCCUUUGGUGGCAUGCUCAUAGCGAUUGGACACGAGCCACAGUUCAUGGUGCCAUAGUUAUCUUGCCGCCUGUUGGAUCAACCUAUCCAUUUGCCAAUCCGGAUGAAGAAGAGAUCGUCGUGCUCGCGGCAUGGUACAAAGGAGAUUUGAAGGAGUUGGUGGAUGAGGCCCUAGAAACUGGUACUGACUUACCUCAUUCGAAUGCUUAUACCAUAAACGGGGAACCAGGAGAUUUCUGUGCUUGCUCCAAUGGAACGACAUACCGUUGGAUGGUUGACUACGGAAAAACCUAUCUUCUCCGUGUGGUCAAUGCUGUCAUGAAUGCAGAACUCUUCUUUGCAGUUGCUGGACACAAUCUCACAGUUGUAGGGAUGGAUGGACAUUAUAUCAAACCGAUUUCCACAAGUUACAUCAUGAUAAGCCCGGGACAAACAAUGAAUGUCUUACUCACAGCAAACCAGCCUCUUGGCCACUAUUAUAUAGCUGCUCGACAAUACUCAAGCGAAGACCCUGCCGUUACCGGAUUUGACCACGUCAAUACAACUGCAAUUCUACAAUACAGAGGCAAUUAUACUAUUACAUCAUCUCCUUCCUUUCCAAGCACACUUCCUCUUUACUUGGACUUCAUCGCUGCCUCGAACUUCACUAAUCGUAUAAGGAGCUUAGCGAACAAAGACUACCCAAUAAAUGUCCCUUUGAACAUAACCAAGAGAAUGUAUAUUACAGUUUCCAUGAAUUCGCUCUAUUGUUCAACCUGUUCAGGAGGGAAUGAUUCAAUUAUAGGUACAAGCAUGAAUAACAUAAGUUGGCUCAACCCAAGUACUGAUGUGCUACACGCCUACUACAGGAAUAUCAGUGGGGUUUUCACCAGAGACUUUCCGGACUACCCGCCUUCAUUCUAUAACUUUACAGGUGAUGAGUUUUCCGAAAGCAUUGACUUAACAGUCCAAGGGACGAAGGUGAAAGUUUUAAACUAUGGUGAGGUAGUGGAGAUAGUUUUUCAAGGGACUAACGUGCUAAAAGGCUCGGUGAAUCAUCCGAUGCAUUUGCAUGGAUAUAGUUUCUAUGUAGUUGGAACAGGUGCUAAUAAUUUUGAUAAUGAGACAGACCCAAAAGGGUUUAAUUUGGUUGAUCCUCCAGAAGUGAAUACCUUUGGAGUUCCUAAGAAGGGAUGGCUUGCCAUUAGAUUUGUUGCAAAUAAUCCAGGUGUGUGGUUUUGGCAUUGUCAUUUGGAUCGACAUAUGAGUUGGGGUAUGAACACUGUAUUUAUAGUAAAGAAUGGGGCAACUACUGAGUCAAGCAUCCGCCAGCCCCCUGUUUACAUGCCUUCUUGUAAAGUUCCGUUAAAUUAUUGGAUACAAAACAACGAUGGGUUGGAUGAAGAAGUGAUGUGACCGAAAUGAAACAAGAUUUGAUUGGGUCUUGUAGUUUUACUUUGGUUUUAUUAGUUUCAAUUUAUUUCUUUAUUUAAUUUUUAAGAGUGAAGGGUGUUUUUAUAAUUCAAUGUAUGGGUGUUUCCUUAAUUAAUGUAGGUAAUUCAAUAAAUGGGAACAAAAUAAUGUUUCCCUAGAUAAUGUUAGGUAAGCCAAUAUUUUCCUUAGGGUUUAGUCAUAAGUAUAUUUAAGCAUGCUUUGUACUCCGAUGGAAGUAGAUUUGACGGAAUAAACUUAUGAGAAAGUGAUGUUCUCUCUCCUUAA